AUGUUAGAACAAACAAUGCAAGUUUUAACAACGGGUAGAAUUGUAUUAGCUAGUGGUUCUCCUAGGCGUUAUGAAAUAGUGAAGUUAUUGGGUAUAAAUGUGGAAGUAGUACCUUCAAAGUACGAUGAAAAUUUAGAUAGAUCAAUGUAUAAAAGUAUUGGAGAAUAUACACAAGACUUAGCAAAAUAUAAAGUACAAGAAGUAUAUGAUAGAUUAAAAGAAGAUACUAUAUCACCUUCUUUAAUAAUUGGUGCUGAUACUCUAGUUAUAAGGGAUAACGUUAUUUAUGGCAAACCAAAAAACAACUCACAUGCAUUUGAAAUGUUAUCAAACUUAGCAAAUAAGGAACACACCGUUUAUACUGGAGUAUGUUUGAAAACUCCAAAAAAAGAAGUAAGUUUUUAUGAGUCUACGAAAGUAAAAUUUGGUAAUAUAUCAAAAGAACAAAUACUGACAUAUAUAAAAUCUGGAGAACCUUUAGAUAAAGCUGGAGGAUAUGGUAUACAAGGUCUUGGUGCAUGUUUAAUUGAAAAAGUAGAUGGUGAUUUUUAUACAGUAAUGGGUUUGCCACUGUAUAGGAUAACACAAAAAUUGAAUGAAAUGCUCAGUGAUAAUUAA